AUGCUUCUCCCGAAAGGCGGCGUUACUUGGAAGUCUGCGAGGGCUCAGAUGCCUCCCCCGAGGGCGAUAUGGGUCUUUCUUUCACGAACACGGUUCCUGCUGUGUGUAGCACUGGCGGGGAUCUGCGUGCUGUUAUGGAGAGGAGUGAGCACAUCAGCAUCGGAAAUGCAGAGAUUCUACUGCUGGGGCCCGUCGAAACCCCCAAUGCAGAUGACCCCGAAUGAAGCUGUCGAUUGGCAUGCGCAUUUACAGACGCCGGUCAUAUUUAACCACCACGAACCCCUGGUGAUAAACUCAUCUACGAUCAAACGAGUCGAUCUCAACCCGAUUAAGUCUACACCAAAGUCGGUAGCAAACGAGGAAAGGGUGCUGAUAUUGACUCCCUUGCGAGACGCAUCGCCCUAUCUCCCUAAAUAUUUCGACCUCCUCUCCGAGUUGUCGUAUCCCCACCACCUGAUAGACCUCGGAUUCCUGGUUGGCGACUCCUCCGAUGACACCCUCGCAAUUCUGGCUGCCGAACUCGCGCGGAUUCAGAAGACCACUGACAACUUGAAUGAGCCAUUCAACAGCGUUUUGGUUGUGGAGAAGGAUUUCGGUAUCAUCACUGCCCAAACUGUGGAGGAGCGACACGGGUUUGCGGCCCAGGGGCCAAGGAGGAAGAAUAUGGCGAGAGCCCGAAACUAUCUUCUCUCUGCAGCUUUGAAGCCCGAACACUCUUGGGUGUAUUGGAGAGAUGUGGAUAUCGUGGACAGCCCAAAGAAGAUCCUCGAGGACUUCACGGCACAUAACAGAGAUAUCUUGGUUCCCAAUGUCUGGUUCCAUCGCUACAAGGAUGGUAAGGACAUUGAGGGUAGAUUUGACUAUAACUCCUGGAUCGAAUCCGACAAAGCAUUGAAAUUGGCAUCUACAUUGGACAAGGACACUAUUCUUGCUGAAGGCUACAAAGAGUAUGAUACCGGCCGCACCUAUAUGGCAAAGAUGGGAGAUUGGCGUCUUAACAAGGAUGAGGAGCUGAAACUCGAUGGUAUUGGAGGAGUCAACAUUGUCGUCAAGGCAGAUGUCCACAGAUCAGGCAUUAACUUCCCUUGCUAUGCAUUUGAAAACCAAGCAGAGACCGAAGGAUUCGCCAAAAUGGCGAAGAGAGCAGGCUACGAGGUCGUGGGUCUACCAAACUACGUAGUAUGGCACAUAGAUACGGAUGAGAAGCCCGGCAACGCGUAA